AUGGCGGAGAUCAACAUUACUGAAGAUAUCAUCGGGGAUAUCAACGACCAAGUUGUUUUCAUCACUGGCGGCGCAUCUGGCAUCGGAAGAGCGACUGCUGAGCUCUGUCUCCAAAGGGGAGCGAACGUAGUCAUUGGCGACCUGAACUCCUUGCCAGCUGAUCUCCAGUCGUCGGAGAGGCUCAAAUUCGUCCAGGUUGAUGUUUGUAGCUGGGAUAGCCUCCGCGAUGCCUUCAUUCAGAUCGAAGCAUGGUUUGGUCAUAUCGACCAUGUAUUUGCCAACGCAGGCGUUGGCCCGACGACAGAUUUCUUGGAUGACACCCUUGAUGAGAAUGGCCUACUAGCACCUCCCAAUCUACGAACCAUUAAUGUCAAUCUUUUGGGUGUCAUUUCAACGGUUCGUUUGGCGUCGCACUACAUCCAAAAGCACGCGAGUCACAGAUCGGCUGGUGAAUUGGGGAGUAUCGUGGUUACGGCGUCUACGGCGUCAUUCCAGAACUUCACUGCUGGCGAUUAUACAAUCACCAAACAUGGCGUGCUGGGGCUUGUUCGUGGCCUUCAAUCUCAACUGGAAGGCAAGGUUCGAUUGAAUGCUGUUUCACCAUCGUGGACUGAUACUGGAAUGGUUCCCAAAGACUUCAUCGAGUCACUUGGUGCUGCCGUUCAGCCGCCGAAGGCUGUGGCUCUGAGUGUUGCUCUUUUGUUUGGCGAUCAAAAGCGCCACAAUGAAGUCAUUUACAGUUGGGAGGGGAAAUAUCUGGAGGUUAACAAAGCUGAUGGGGGGCUGCUCCAGGGCGCUGAUAAAAUUCUUGUAAAUGCUGCCAAUGAAGAUCGUGUGAUGGUGAAGCUCUUGGAGGCGGCAGCACUCGGACAGAUUCGUAUCUAG